AUGACUGUCCAGGAAGAUGUUGAUAAGGACGAUGGCGAAGGAGGUGAUAGCCAUCCUGAUGGAUUCUCAGAUAAUUUCGGCAAGGACCACAAGGGGAUGGGGUUUGGAGACUAUCUGAUGUAUAGUCAGGAGGAUAGUCUCUUUGAAUUGCCUAUCAAGACAGGUUACAACCUAAACUUCUCUGAGCUUAAUGAUUCGUUACCAGCCUCUAAUGUGCCACAGCUGAGCCAACCCUCUAAGAAAGUUCGUUUUGAAAACGAUGAAAUAGAGCACGAUGGUAAUGGUUCUGCAACUUCAGUAUCAAGGGAUAUGGACGGUAGUAAUGGCGAUAAUGAGGAUGGUGUCAAUACUAGUCAAGACGAUGAUUUAGAGCUAUCUCCAAAAGCUUCAGCAAAUGGCAAACCAAGAGAAGAUAUUGAGAAUUUAAUACAAAAGGCAUCUGUUUUUAACGAGGUGCUGGGGGAGAAUCUGGCUAAGUUAAAUACAUUAUCAUCUGACGGCUUACCGUCCCGUGUAAUGAGCAGGAUGGGUAGCGAAAUGAGUACCGCAAGAUCAGACAGUAUGUCUUGCUUUGCAUUAAGUGAUUCGGAAGGCGACGGUGAACUGAUGCUCGACUCUGGGCAUUCAGGUAGUGAUCCUUUUACUCACUCUAACAUUUUGAGCCAAAUCAACGGAGAAUAUUCUGAAGAUGAUGGUGUUCUUCUUCUUUCUCCAUAUCAGUCAUCUACAAUGUACAAUAAUUUCAUUGAUACAGAAAUUGGUCCUGCAAGUUCGACUGAAAGGGUUAACGAAGAACAGUUCUUUGAAAUUAGUCCACCAGAGAAUUUCCAGGCAGGUGGUAAUAAAACGUCUGAUAUUGUACAUGAUAAUACGUGUGUACUACUCUCAAAGUACCAACAUAACAAUGAGAUAUUUGAGUACUCUGUAGAAGACACGAUGCAUAACUACACAGAAACUCUUGACAUUCUUCUGCGAUUAUCUGAGAACGAAAACAUGAUUUCUGAAAAGGCAGAUAACAAUGAGAACUACCAUUAUUUUUCUAUGAAAAGUGCUCCAUCGAUCUCGCAUCAUGACUUCAUACAGCGUAUACAAAAUAAGUGUAUGUUCGGCUCUAUUAUUUAUCUUGGGGCUACGUAUCUUUUGCAAAUAUUAUUCUUGACUAGAGAAUACAAUGAUGGUCCACUCCGAUUAAAGCAUAAAUUGCAACAAAAUGAAGUCCAUCGAGUGAUAGUUGGAACAAUUAGAAUUGCCACCAAGCUGUUGGAAGAUUUUGUUCACUCACACCAGUAUAUUUGCAAAGUUUGUGGUAUAUCAAAAAAACUUAUGACAAAGCUAGAACUGGCACUAAUAUUUUGCUUAAAGGACAAUAAUCUUCUGAUAAACAGCGAAAAACUCUCAGCUACCGCAUGCAUACUUGAGGAGCUUAAGGCUCAAGAGUCUCAAUGA